AUGCUGCACGAGUCGUGGCCAGCGGGCUGGCACAAGACGGAGUCCUUCGAGCUGGACGCGCUGUUCGCCGAAGUAAACAACAACUGUUCCAAAGAAGGCGAGGCGGAGUGCGGCGCGGAGGGCAGCGGCGGGGACGCGGAGAGCCCGCCCCCCCUGCCAGCGUUCGGCUACGCCCACGGCGCGCUGUCGCCGUCCCACUCGCGCAGCUACCAGGAGCUGCGGCCGGCCGCGGCACACGCGCGCGACAUGCAGGCCUACGCGCACCUCGAGGAGGUGUUCAAGCCCGGCACGCCGGCCGCGCCCGGCUCCACGGACGGCGUCUACCUGCGCCGCAGCAGCCCCGACCUCAGCCCCUCGCCCGAGCGCCGCGACGACUUCCGCGCGCACUACGAGCCCUACACGCCCGCGCCCGCGCCGCCGGCCUACUCCCACGACCACCACCAUCACGUCGACGGUGGCGGAGGGGGUAGCGGAGGGGGAGGAGUCUAUUCACGCUGCGCAUACGCAGCUGGUUCACCAUACUUCGGUAACGGUGCCGAGAUUAGCACGCAACCGCAGAUCUGGACAUCUAGUGCAGGAGGAUCCCCCAGCUACGGCGGCGGCGGCGGCGUGGUGCUGGGUGAGGAGUACGCGGAGGGGGGCGGCCAGGAGGGCGCGGGGGGAGGCUCGCUGCCAGCCUUCAGCGCGCGCUUCGGAGGCGCCUUCGCGUGCGCCACCUCGCGCCCCAACACCGUGUACGGCACCAGCACUCUCACCGCGCCGCCGUACUCGCACCAGGAGGUUUGGAACUUGGAGAGCAGUCGACGACCACAAAUGUCUGCAGCUGCCAGUCUGUCUGCCAUCGACAUGGCGGCGGAGUUUUUCACGGAGGGGCGCGAGUGUGUGAACUGCGGCGCCAUCCACACGCCGCUGUGGCGGCGCGACGGCACCGGCCACUACCUGUGCAACGCGUGCGGCCUCUACAACAAGAUGAACGGCAUGAACCGGCCGCUGAAGCAGCCGCGGCGGCUGAUGGGCACGAAGCGGCCGGGCAUGUCGUGCACCAACUGCCAGACGACGACGACGUCGCUGUGGCGCCGCAACUCGCUCGGCGAGACUGUGUGCAACGCGUGCGGCCUCUACUACAAGCUGCACAACAUCAACCGACCGCUCGCCAUGAAGAAGGACUCCAUACAGACUCGAAAGAGGAAACCCAAAAACAGUAUAAAAGCAGAACGAAGUAUAAAGGCAGCAGUGCAACGCACCGUCACGUCGGGAGUGAAGAUAGAGAACUUGUUGGAGAGCGGGGCGGGCGCGGGCAGCGGCGGCGCGCGCUCCCCGCUGGCGCUGAACUACUACGUGCAGCACGCGCUGAAGGUGGAGGAGCCGCCGCCCGCGCACGCGCACGCCGCGCCGGCGCAGCACGCGCACGCGCACGCACACGCACGCGCACACACACGCGCACGCCGCGCUGUACGACGAGGAGUACCGGCGCGCGGCCGACGAGCGCCUGGAGCGGCCCACCGUCGUGUCCAUGGGCAGCUGAGCCGCGAGGCCGGCGCCGCACUUAUAGAAUCUCACUUGUCUAGAUACGUUACGUUACUUAGUACAUAG